UUUAGGUCUUUGCUCUUGCUCCAUCGGCAAUGGCUAUGGCGACAUUCGCAGCGGGAUGCUUCUGGAGCGUGGAGCUCGCAUUUCAGCGCAUUCCCGGCGUGAUCAAGACGACCGUCGGGUACACGCAAGGAAGCAAGGAAUCUCCCACAUACCACGACGUUUGCACUGGCAGGACCGGCCACGCCGAAGCCGUGCUCGUCGAGUAUGAUCCAAAGGAGGUCUCGUACACAGCGCUGCUGGACGCGUUCUGGAAGAAGCACGAUCCAACACAGGCCGAUGGCCAGGGAAAUGACUUAGGAUCCCAGUACCGAUCCGGCAUAUACUUCCACACACCCGAGCAAGAGAAGCUCGCAAAGCAAUCUCUCGAGCAAGAGCAGCAACGACUCGGCAAGAAAAUCGUGACCGAGCUUCUUCCGGCCACAACCUUCUACCCCGCCGAGGAUUACCACCAGCAGUAUCUCGAGAAAGGCGGGCGAGGUGGGCGCAAGCAAUCGGCUGCCAAGGGCUGCACGGAUCCCAUCAGAUGCUACGGCUGAGUCAAACGAGAUCGCGAAACACACUACGAAAAAGAGGGAAAGUCCAAAUAAGCAGCGCUCUUGUGGCUCGCUCUGGGUGGUGUGAAAAUAAAAACGUUCUUUCUUCAUCA